AUGGGUUUACCUUGGUAUCGUGUUCAUACUGUUGUAUUAAAUGAUCCAGGCCGUUUGCUUUCUGUUCAUAUAAUGCACACAGCUCUGGUUGCUGGUUGGGCCGGUUCGAUGGCUCUAUAUGAAUUAGCAGUUUUUGAUCCCUCUGACCCUGUUCUUGACCCAAUGUGGAGACAGGGUAUGUUCGUUAUACCUUUCAUGACUCGUUUAGGAAUAACCAAUUCGUGGGGCGGUUGGAAUAUCACAGGAGGGACUAUAACGAAUCCGGGUAUUUGGAGUUACGAAGGUGUGGCCGGAGCACAUAUUGUGUUUUCGGGCUUGUGCUUUUUAGCGGCUAUUUGGCAUUGGGUUUAUUGGGAUCUAGAAAUCUUUUGUGAUGAACGUACUGGAAAACCUUCUUUGGAUUUGCCCAAAAUUUUUGGAAUUCAUUUAUUUCUUGCAGGGGUGGCUUGUUUUGGUUUUGGCGCAUUUCAUGUAACAGGAUUGUAUGGUCCUGGAAUAUGGGUGUCCGAUCCUUAUGGACUAACUGGAAGGAUACAAUCCGUAAAUCCCGCGUGGGGCGUGGAAGGUUUUGAUCCUUUUGUUCCGGGGGGGGUAGCUUCUCAUCAUAUUGCAGCAGGAACGUUGGGCAUAUUAGCAGGUCUUUUCCAUCUUAGUGUGCGUCCACCCCAACGUCUAUAUAAAGGAUUACGGAUGGGAAAUAUUGAAACUGUCCUUUCCAGCAGUAUUGCUGCUGUCUUUUUUGCAGCUUUUGUCGUUGCUGGAACUAUGUGGUAUGGUUCAGCAACAACCCCUAUUGAAUUAUUCGGUCCUACUCGUUAUCAAUGGGAUCAGGGAUACUUUCAGCAAGAAAUAUAUCGAAGAGUUGGUGCUGGACUAGCCGAAAAUCAAAGUUUAUCAGAAGCUUGGUCUAAAAUUCCCGAAAAAUUAGCUUUUUAUGAUUAUAUCGGAAAUAAUCCAGCAAAAGGGGGGUUAUUUAGAGCAGGUUCAAUGGACAAUGGAGAUGGAAUAGCCGUCGGUUGGUUAGGACAUCCUGUCUUUAGAGAUAAAGAGGGGCAUGAACUUUUUGUACGUCGUAUGCCUACUUUUUUUGAAACAUUUCCGGUUGUUUUGGUAGAUGGGGAUGGAAUUGUUAGGGCCGAUGUUCCUUUUCGAAGGGCAGAAUCUAAAUAUAGUGUGGAACAAGUAGGUGUAAUUGUUGAGUUCUAUGGUGGCGAGCUUAAUGGAGUCAGUUAUAGCGAUCCCGCUACUGUGAAAAAAUAUGCUAGACGUGCUCAAUUGGGUGAAAUUUUUGAAUUAGAUCGUGCUACUUUGAAAUCAGAUGGUGUUUUUCGUAGCAGUCCGAGGGGUUGGUUUACUUUUGGACAUGCUUCUUUUGCUCUGCUAUUCUUUUUCGGGCACAUUUGGCAUGGUGCUAGAACUUUAUUCAGAGAUGUUUUUGCUGGUAUCGACCCAGAUUUAGACGCUCAAGUAGAAUUUGGAGCAUUCCAAAAACUUGGAGAUCCAACUACAAAAAAACAGGUAGUCUAA